AUGUUAAGUGGACAGUGUCGCAUUCCCCCGCCGCCAUACCCCAUGGAUCUUCCCCGUGGGGUUGACUCAACCCCGACCCACCCCCGGAUUCCCCCCUUUCGGAGCCAAAAAAAGGCGAAUUUAUGUUAUAUAAACGUCCUAUUUCCCGACUCUCACUUUCCACCCUCAUAUCUGACUAUACGAAUCGUCUCGUCUAUCUGCACUGCACAUUCUGUCCUAUCAUCGAUGGCUUUGGCUUUGAAGACUUUGGCUGAUCACGAUGAGUUACCGGGUGACAAUCGUCUAUCAGCUGCCCAGCAACUCACCACUGAGGAGUUUGCGGCAGCGGAGAGAUCUUUGAAGCGAAAGUUGGACCUCCGUCUCCUGUGCUGCGUGUGGGUCAUUUUUAUCAUGAAUUACUUGGACCGAAACAAUAUAUCCGCUGCCAAAGUUGCAGGCAUCGCGACUUCACUACAUAUGUCAAGCACCCAGUAUGCUACGUCUGUCGCGAUACUGUUUGCUGGCUAUGUCUUGAUGCAACUCCCGUCCAAUAUUUUCCUAUCACAGCUGCGCCCUUCUGUGUAUCUACCAACCGUGAUGGCUAUUUGGGGGAUGCUAUCUGCGCUUGUCGGGGUGGUGCAUAAUUAUUCGGGACUUUAUGCAUUGCGAUUUUUGUUAGGCUUCGUAGAAGCGGCCUUUUAUCCCGGCGCAUUGUUCUUGAUAUCGUCAUGGUAUAAACGUGAAGAGAUGGGCGUGCGCAGCGCUUUCCUGUUUUCUGGAUCCCAGCUUGGCAGCGCAUUCUCGGGACUCAUCGCCGCCGGCAUACAAGAUGGAUUGAAUGGCGCUCGAGGUUUAGAGUCGUGGCGAUGGAUCUUCAUCAUCGAGGGCUCUGUCACGGUUUUCGUUGCGAUAUGCGCCUUUUUGAUUUUGCCCGACUACCCCAGCAACACUCGCUGGCUUAGUUCCACGGAGCGAGCAGUUGCGGAAUGGCGCCUUCUCGCAGACUCGGGCCAAGUGGAUGAAGAUGGUUCCAAUUGGAGCUACGGCUUUAAGAGGGCCUUUGCUGAUUGGCGACUAUAUUUCUUUGCAUUGAUCUUCCUGUGCAUUCAGGUAUCCAGCGCCACCUCCAACUUCUUUCCUUCAGUUGUUCAAACCCUCGGAUUUGGCCGGGUCAACACACUGCUUCUUACUGUUCCUCCUUAUAUGGCUGCCUUGGUUCUUUCCAUCGCUAACAAUUGGUCCGCCGAUCGGCUACGAAACUCCUCAUUCCAUGUCUGUUGGCCCUUGGUGAUGGCGAUAAUUGGAUUUGUGGUUGGGGCCGCUUCGACUAACACAGGCGCUCGCUACUUCGCUAUGAUCCUCAUGGUCGCUGGUGGCCAUGGAGCAAAUGCGGUUCUUCUAGCCUGGACCCAGAAAACUAUGCUGCGACCUCGCGUUAAACGUGCAUCAGCGGUUGCUUUUGUCAAUGCAUUUGGAAAUCUUGCCCAGGUAAGGCAUUUUAAUCCUGAGUGGAGGGCAUCACCUUGCUAG